AUGAAUUCUAAUCUUUAAACAAACAACAGUUAAGGGCCAAAUCAUUACAUAAGCGAUAGGAUUGAAAAGACUAUUUAGAAAUUCUCAAAGCAAUAAAUCAUAAAAACCAACAGUCCGUUUAUGAACUAGAAUGGAAAAUCUCGUAACUUUAACCAGUCUAACUCAGCCUCAAAAAUAUACAGUUCUACCUUAAAAGGACUGAAUACUAAAAACUUUCAAUCAUCACCAUAUGUUAAUAAUGGGAUAUACCAGACUUAGCUAUAAAAUGAAGAUUCAUCUCUUUAAGUUUAAUAGUUCGAUGAUAAUUUAAAGCAUAUUAGAAAAUAUGAGAUGAGUGCUGAUAAGAAAUUGCAAGAAUUAUCUUUUGAAAGUUUGAAUCCAAUAAAUAACUCUUUUACAGAUGGCUAAGAGGGGUAGAUAAAUAAUAAUAGAAUAUUAGCAGUGAGAAGUAAUCAAAAGAUCAAUAAUCCUCAAUAAGUAAUAAUGAAAUAACAGUUUUAGAGAAUGAAUGGUAUUGGCAUCAAUCCUACAGGAAGCAUAAGCUUAUUUCAGCAGGCAGAUCAUAAUAUUUCUUAGAACUACUUACCAAUUAAAUCAAAUUUAAACUAAAAUUUUGACGAUUCAAGUAGCAAUGGAAGUGCUAUUAGGUCUUAAAAUAAUAUCACAAAUCCUCAUAUAUAAUGGUGGUAAGCAUAGAUGUAAUCUUAGCAACCACCUUCAUCACAAUUUCAGGCUAAUUAUGAACCAUCUAAUAACCUAAAAUUCCAAAUUCCUCAAAUUUAGCAAGUAUAUCCUUAGAGUGCGCAUAUUUCACCAUUUUAGUAAAGUAAAAGUAGAGAGGGAGGGUAUCGAAAUAUUCCAAUGAGAGAUUUGAGUAGCAUUAGCGAUUAAUCUCCUUAAAAACCAGUUGAUGUCAUUGAUCCUGAAAAUCCAUUUAAAGGGCCGAAAUUGCAUUUGUUUAAAAAAGGUAACUCAAGACGGAUUAAAACAAGUUCUGCGACAAGAAACCUUUAGCCCAUAUAUCACUAUGAAAAUCAAAAAUUAGCAGCAAACUUUUUAAGUAUUAAUCCAGGACUUAAUACUGGAUAAAUGCAAUUAGAUGCUAAUAGUUAUUAUCAAAUAAUAAAUAAGCAAUAAAUAAACGAAAAUGAUCAAGAUUAGCAUAACAGCAAAUAUUAAACAAUUGAUUAGGAUAAAAGAUAAUUUCAGCAAUAUUAGCAGCAUCCUCUAAGUAAACUUGGAAAUCCAAUAAUACAUGGCUCUUAAGAAGCUUAUAGCAAUGAUUAACAAGUCUACAAUCAAAUGAAAGAGAGACCUUACAUGAAUAACAUAAGUGCAUUUAAUAGGCCAAAUACAACUAGCCUCGAUAAAUUGAUGUCAGAAGCAUCACCUAAAAGGCCUCUAUUCAACAUAGGACCUAAUGGAAAUCCCUUAGAACCAAGUAAUGGGCUAUAAGGCUUAAGCAAAGCUUAGCUGCUAGAAGAAAUCAAUGGGUUUAAGCAUAGCUUUUAUAAUGAUAAGACUACUCCAAAGGUUCAGUCAAAUAAAUCAUCCAAUAUUGAUUCAGCUCGUUAAAUCGAGAAGAUGAAAGAAUAGAUUCAUAACAACUCUGAAACAAUCAAGCAUAUAUUCGUUAUAAACAACAAUAAUAUAAAUACAAACGUCUAAUCUACUUAGGAAUCUAAGGCUAUGACACCUUGCUUCCUGCAUACACCUAAUAUGACCAACAAAUGGGAAAAUUUUAAUCCAAAUGAUCAAUAGAUUUCUAUCAACGAAGAAAAUAGAAGCAGUGAGAAAAUAAAAUAGCAAAAGGUUUUAUAGAAAUAAGAUAAAACAAUUAAGGUUGUUUUAUCCAACAAAAAACCCUAAACUAGUCAUCAAAGCAAAAACCAGUCUAUCAUAGGUCAAGUUGAACUUAAGAAAAAGAAUAAUAAUGAAAUAGUAGAAAGCAUUACAAACAGUGCUAAAAAACAGGAUGUGGAUGGAAUUAAUCUAGGACCUGAGGAUAUAUAUCUUUUGAAUCCUUCAAGUGUAAAUUUGACUUAGAAAGUAUCCAGGAAUAAUUAAGUCAGCAAGCCUUAAACUUCAAACUCAUUUAGAAGGCCAGUAUCUAGAAAUAUUGCUGUAGUAAACUCCAAUUCACAAAAUCCUCAACCUUAGAAAAAACAAGUUAUAACUACAGAAAAGAUAGUAUUAAGGAGGCCAAGCAACUAAUAGCCAUAAUAUUAAAAGGUGCAAUUCCAGUCUUAUACAAAAACUUCAGAUUCAAAUUACCAAAAUAAGAAUGGACUUAUUAAGGAGUAGUAAGCAGAAGAAGAAAGUGAUUAAUGA